AUGAAGAGACAAAGUGAUGCACAACCCGGUGGUGAUGAUGAGCCAACUUCAAAGUCUAUGAAAACCAUGUCUGACACCGGGGGAGUAGGGCUUGACGAUGACAAUGAGUUCGCUGGACUACGUGGACAGUUGUUAGUCGAGGCGAUCUUCAAGAAAUGGGGGGCAGGAACGAUGACAAUUCCAUGGCUGAACACAGAGACAAAGGAACGCAACAUUCGAAGGGAUGGGGUCAACAGACCCAUCAUGGAAAGCCUCGCGGAGGCAUAUGCCGACCGGAUUCUCAGCUCAGGGCCCAAUGCCGAUCGACGUGCGUGGAUGUGCUGCCAUUCUAGCACUCAACCCCUACCUGCACAAGCGAUAACUUUCAACCAUCGGAGUGAAGCGAUGUUCAGAGCGAUUGAGCGGGAUCCCAAGAACCCGUACGUGGCUCGUGCCCUUGCCACUGGGCUGGAGAAUGUUAGAAUGUUGAAAUCAAGUACACCACAAUCGGUACGUGAAGCAUUGUGCAGCAUCCACAAUGCGUACCACGACGGAACUGGGGAAACGUGGAUGAGUUUACUCGACUUGGCAGGUGAGAUUGCGACUGCAUGGGAGCAGAAGGCAGCUUCGAUGAACAUGCAGACCAGGAAUACGAACUACGAAACCACCUAUGAGAAGUUCGUGUUCAAAGAACGAGCUGCAGAAGCAGCGCCAUGUUCGGAGUCCUUCAACUACUUCAAGAUUACCAAUGUGUUGAACAAUCACCUGAACCGCUUCAACAUCAAGGGCAUCGUGAGGGAUUGGUGCAACACCCACAUGAACUUUGCAGACUUCAAGCUGGUGAACAGGCUGGGCAACGGACAACAGCCAACAGCAAGGACAGUGCCUACUCGCAAUUCGGGCACUGGUGAGCGAUUGAUUCCCCAAAUCUUUGCGAAGACUGGUGCGGAGACUUUGGCCGUGAUGAAUUAUGUGGUGACACCAAUGUCUACUAGCUCUGUGUUCAAAAAAUUGGAGGAAGAGGCAGAAGCCAGGGCAGGAUCAAAAGCAGAUGCAUCUGCAGCUUUGGAUGGGGAGGAAGCUGGUCCUUCUCGGGGGCGUGCAGCUGGCAGGGGUCGUGGUGGUGCCGGCGGUGGUGGCCGCAAGCAAAAGUCAGUUUCAGGAAAGGCCAAGGCCAAGGCCAAGGCGACAUCAGAGGCUGAAAGAGCAGAAGAAAAACCUGAUGACCACUGGUCACCGAUGGCAUCUCCCUUGUCAAGUGAGGUGGGGGGUGGGUCUUUGGACGCCCGCUACAAGACGGCUUUGGAUGAUGCCAUGCACGUUUUCAAUGCCAUUGCCAGCAUCUACAGGAACAAGGUUGGUGAGGCAAGUUCGAAAGCACUGCAGAUCUAUGACCAGUCCAUCAUGACCUUGUUUGGCCACACCAUCUCGUGUUUCUUCGAGUUUGCUUGGUCAGGAACUGUGGCUAUCAACGGCAAAUUCGUGCGCACAUACAGUGGAUUCCGCCAGGAAAUUUCGACUUUCAUCACAACAGCUUGUGAGCUUGCUUCCACGUGCUCACAGCCAGGCAAAUCGCGUAUGUCUCUGGCCACUCACAUCUCGGAUGUUCUGGACUCUGAGACCGGCUUGGCUGUUGGACAUGGCAUGAAGGAUGAGUCAGAUGAAGCACGGGCCACCAACCGCAUUGUUGCUGCACUCAGCACUGCGGCAGCUUCUGGCAUGGUCGAGUUUGUGAAUGAGGUUCUGGAACUUCCGUUGGAGUUCCAUGCGAAGUUUUCAGAGGACCAUUACACUAGCGUGGUCGACAGCACCGCUGAAGCGAUCGAGUGGAAUUUUGGCGAUGCCGACGAAGAGGCACAAGCAUUUUCUACGGGAAAUGUUGGCAAGGUGGCCAAGGUGAACAAGAAAUUACAGGCCCAAAGGCUUAUCUUCUCCAAGUUCGACCAGAGCACUCCUGAGUUCAAGAAGUCGCUGCGGUUGCCCUACCUUGGACAUGUUUCCACCGUCAAGUCAGGUGCAGCUUCUUUUUGCAUUGGCACUAUCUUUGACUGCAACUUCUACAUGAAUCCUUUGCCAACGCCCAGCCCAGCAAGCCCGACGAUUAUCCCAGCGUGGUUGAUUCCAAAUACCAACAAGCCCCCCCAAGCGACGUUGAUGGAAAAGGAGGAGAAGAUCCAAUGUGUUUUGACCAGAGACCUGAAGAUUGCAAAGUUGACUGAUGCCAUUGAAAAAUCAGAGGUGGCGUUGGUCGAUUUGCGCAUGAAAGUGCUGCUUGGGCUGUCUCCGAAUGAGUUGGUAUUCCAAAAUGCUGAGAAGGAGAAGGCAACUGAACUUCCCCUGAUCAAGUAUCAGCACAAGAAGAAAGAUGGAGAUGAAGCAGGUGAUCCCAUGGAGAAGGAACAACUUUUUGGAUACCCCUUUGCGCUGCUUUCGCGUCGUACGGCUAUGGAGGCUGCUGGUAUGUCUACGGCUUUGCCAUCCCUGUCCAAAGAGCAGAAGAAAGCUGAGAAGGACAAAAAGAAGGCUCUUGUGAAUGCUAAGCAUUUACUGCGAUAG